AGUAAGUUUGCUUUACAUCUUUGAACAUACUGUUUGAAAUUUCCUGAACUGAAGCUGAAGGUUAGAAGUACAUGUAGGACAAUUGCUCAUGGAACGAUGAGGACUGCGUUUAUCCACCCUGACCUUGGCAUUGGCGGUGCAGAGCGCCUUGUCGUUGAUGCUGCUUUGGCGGCACAGUCAAGUGGACACGAGGUGACCAUUUACACUUCUCACCAUGACCCAGAGCACUGCUUCAAGGAGACCAUGGACGGAACGCUGAAGGUUGUCGCCGUCGGUGACUGGCUGCCGAGGCGGAUACUGGGAAAGCUGUAUGCACUAUGCGCCAUCGUGCGCAUGAUUUAUGUCAGCAUCUACGCUGCGUUGUUUGGUGGAAUGUUGGACGUGAUCAUUGUGGAUCAAGUAUCUGCAUGUAUACCGAUUCUGAAAGCGUUAUGUCGUGGUCGUAUUCUCUUCUACUGCCAUUUCCCUGACCUUCUACUAACUCAAAGAACCAGCAUCUUUAAACGAUUGUAUAGGUUUCCUCUGGACCUGCUGGAAGAGAUAACAACUGGACUGGCUGAUUCAACUAUGGUCAACAGCGGAUUCACGGCACAGACAUUUGCCUCAACAUUCCGUAUUCUGAACACAGCAUGUGCUAAACCAACAGUGCUUUACCCAUCGCUGAACUUCACCGCAUUUGAUAGGACACCGAUUAGCGUUGAUGACAUUGUUCCGAAGGGCUGUAAAGUGUUCUUGUCCAUCAACCGCUAUGAGCGGAAGAAGAACCUGGCCCUUGCACUGAAAGCGUUGGCGGCAGUGCGCGACACUCUGUCAGAAAAGGAAUUUUCCAGAGUCCAUCUAGUCAUGGCCGGUGGUUACGACUCCAGAGUUGUGGAGAACGUCGAGCAUUUCGACGAACUCGUUGCCCUGGCCAAGGAGCUAAGGCUGGAGAGCUCGGUGACGUUCCGUCGGUCAUUCUCUGACGACGAGAAGGUUGGUUUGCUGCACCGGUGCAUGGCGCUGAUCUACACACCAGCCAAUGAACACUUUGGCAUUGUUCCUGUUGAGGCUAUGUACAUGCGCAGGCCUGUGAUAGCUUGCAAUAGUGGCGGGCCGACGGAGUCGAUCGAGGACUGUUCCACUGGCUACUUGUGUCAGCCCACUGCGGAGAGUUUUGCUACCAAAAUGGAGCUGUUGCUACGAACAGAGUCACUGCAGUCGACACUAGGCGAGAAUGGCCGGGAGAGAAUCAUCCGUCUCUUUUCCUUUGCUGCUUUCACGAAGCAGCUGAAUGCAGAAGUGCUGCGUCUAGGAGCUUCCCGUUCAUACUCAGUAUUGCUACUGUGGUUCCCAGCUUGCCUUGCCGCUUUAUGUGCUGUCAGUUGUACUUGUCUUUUAUAGUCCCUUUCUCUUGUCACAUUAUCUGAGGCUGGUCCUCCUUUAAUCUUCAGUUGCUCACUUCCAAAGUGUGUGGGUGUGUCUGUGUGUGCUUCUGUGUCGUGUGGUGCUGUGGCGUGCAGUUGAUUUCCAAUUGAGGGGUUGCGGGUUCAUUUCUCAAUAAUGGUCACACACGUUUUUCUUCUCUUUCAUUCUCCUGGGUGGUUGACCAGGAAAGAAUGGAAUUAUUUUGAUAAACCGCCUAUACAAGUUGGUGAAAUGAGUUUCAUGAGGUGUCUUCCGUGCACUCUCUUAGUCA